AUGCUUUCUCCUCAAACCUCUGAGGUCAUUGUGCACCUUUGCUACUCAGAGCAACAUUAUAAGUAGUAAGAUAAAUAGAUAAAAUAGAAAUUGAGAACAUUGACAGUUUCUGUCGCCACCCCUAAGUUAUACGUUACGAGUUGUCAUCAUCAAGGCACCAUGUCGCCUCUGAACGAAGCCGCCUGGAUCUUGAAGCCCAAAAGUGAUCUCAAGCGAUUCACUGCGGCCUACAAUGUUCCAUCCUUUGAUGAGAUUGUGAUCGAGAACCAUGCUGUUGCCAUACAACCUCUCGAUGCCAAUAUCCGGGCCCAAGCAUACGUCGAUGUGCCAUACCCAUUUAUCUUAGGCAAUGGAGUUGCCGGUAUUGUCCAUGAAGUCGGAUCAUCAGUUACUAAAUUCAAAAAGGGCGACCGUGUCGUGUCCGAUACACCUACUUACCAGCUCAAAGAAACGAAGUACGGGGGCUGGCAGAAAUACGUGGUGACUAGAGAAGCCACGACCGCGAAGAUACCAGCAAGCACGACUUUUGAGGAUGCCGCUGCAAUACCUUUCGCACUUUUAACAGCUGUUUCUGCGUUGCACUUGCACCUGGGUAUGGGGAAGCCAGGAACGAAUAGCAAGGGGAAAGCACUUAUAUGGAGUGGUAGUGGAUCUGUGGGGGGCUACGCUGUUCAAUAUGCCGCCAGUGUCGGUUGCGAAGUCAUAGCAACCGCAUCCCCGCGGAAGUUCGAUUAUGUUCGUGGCCUUGGAGCCUCCACUGUUCUCGACUACAAGGACGAUGAGAUCGUAUCAAAGCUAAAGAGUCUCGGGCCCUUUGAUUAUAUCUUCACGGCUUCGGGUGACGCGAAAAGUGCAAAUGCUAUAAGCGACAUCCUGCAACCAAAUGGUGGGAGAUUUGCAUCUGUCCGCCCCCAGAGUAAAGAAAUAAACCUGGCCCAGAAUGUCGAUUUGAUUUACGACUUUUUCAGCAUGACGACCCAGAAGGAGAAAUAUGGUGAUUUUACGGAAUGGUGGUAUCGCGAGUACCUUCCGGGAGCACUGGGCGGAAAUGUGAACCCCACACCCUUGGAGAAGCGAACUGGUGGGUUGAACAGCAUUCAAGAGGCUUGUACCGAUGUUUUGGAAGGGCGCAGCCCGAAAAAGCUGGUUCUAAACCCCCAGGAUCCUGAUAAAUGAGCUGUAAUAGCUAUACGAAGCGAGUGUGAUGCCGAGCGACGUUCGAGAUCAUGUAGUAUAUUUCUUAACUUAUAAAUUGCUUUGUUUGUCUCACUUGGUGUGCUCGCUUAUUUGUGUUGUCCUAUGUUUCACCCUACACUUCUUCCUUUAUCCCUCCUGUUAGGUAUUCUUGUCUAGUAGCGCGAAAACACCAAUGCCCUCACCUCGACGCUAACCCUAGAACACGUGCUUUCCGCUAUGUUUAGAGGAUUGAAUG